GCAUGCUCAGAGAUAGACCUAGUGGCUUCACCCUUAGAAGGAACAAGGUGAUACUUGUUUUGUGCUGUAUAUUGCUUUAAUAUAUGCGCUGCAAUGCAAUCUUUUGUGGUAUAUAAACCUGGAAGAUGAUGAAGAAAAUAAGUUUCAAAGGUAUAAAGCUCUCGGGACAGAGACGCCCGCGUGGUACAUCGCCAAAAAACGAACUCGGUCGGGAGAAGCAAGGGGACUCGGAUAGUCCCAAUGCCGUGUUGCAGAAUGACUCACAAGUGUUAUCACAACAAAGCUAUGCAGACGACCAGACAACGACCGAAUCCGAUGUGAAUCACAGAAAGAGGGAUAAGAUUGGUCUUUUUUGGAAUCUUAGGCGAAAGUUUACACCAAGUGUUCAUCGAAAAACUGAAGGAACGGAAGGUAAUCAUAUAGAAGAGUGCCAAAGUAUGUCAGUGAAAUGUGAGACAAAGAAAUCCAAACAGAAAGGUAAACGUUUGUUUAUGUUAUGUGACAAGUCAGUGAGGUCAAAUUCUACAGCAUCUCAAAGUUGUGACAGUCUGAACUCAAAUGGGCAAACAUACACGUCUCCUAAGAUCAGUGAAAUGCAUUCCAACACGGACAGUCAUGAUCAGGAUGUACGAAAAGAGAAGGCAAGUUGUAGAACGAAAGACAUUUCUAAAUUCCACCCGGAUGGUCACAACAAAUCAGAAGACUAUCAUAGUGACGAUUAUGAUGAUGCAGAUUUGCACUGCAGACGGAAUAUCCGUGGAUCUCAUGUAUUGUGUCAUGAGAUACCAACUUAUGAAGCAUGUGAACCUUAUGAAUUGUCUCAGAAAUAUGGAAUAUCAUGUCAAGAUUUCUUUGAACAACCAAAAGUGUGGAGUCUAACACAGGAACUAUUUCGCUUAUCAAAAUUUGGCUGGUAUUGGGGGCCUAUUACACGGAAUGAAGCAGAAGAAAAAUUGGCUAACCAGCCAGAUGGUGCUUUUCUUGUGAGAGAUAGUUCUGAUGAACGUUACUUGUUGAGUUUAAGCUUUCGAUCAUAUGGCAGGACUCUUCAUACAAGGAUAGAGCACUGUAAUGGCAUGUUUAGUUUCUAUGCACAGCCUGACACAGAAGGCUACCCCUCCAUAGUAGAUUUGAUAGAACAUUCUAUGAAUGAUUCACAGACUGGUAUCUUUUGCUAUUCAAGAUCACGUUCGCCUGGGGCCCCUUCAUUCCCAGUUAGACUGACUAAACCUGUGUCCAGAUUUACACAAGUUCGGUCUUUACAGUACUUGUGUCGGUUUGUCAUUAGACAGUAUACACGAUAUGAUCAUAUUCAACAGUUACCCCUGCCAACCAGCUUGAAAGGCUGGAUAGAAGAAAACCAAUAUUGACUCAUAUGAGAAAAUGCCAAUGUUUGUAUGGAUCUGCACAAAACCACAACUACAGUCUCAUUAGUUAAUCAUUUUCAUAUCUUUCAGUUGAUAUCUUGAUUUAAAUUGAAGUAUGCAACAGCAUUGAAAACCAUUUUCAUUUCCCCUCAUGCUAAUAUACCUUAGUUUGUGAAAACUUCCUAGAAUGGAGUGAGUUUCUUUUAUCAUCAUAUCUUGGAUCUGAUACUUCAACAGCUUUGUUUGGCUUUUCCCUAGUGUUCCGUUUGAACAAUACUGUCCUGAUAUGCAAGUGCAGAUAGCACCGUGAUAUGUAUGUAUGCUCCAGUUUUUACAACAUAAAAUUUCUGUAAGUUUUGGUAA